AUGCAGGUGUCGCUGGCGGAGCUCCUGAAGGCGUUCGGGAUCGGGGCAGCGGCGGUCACGCUGGGGGUGGAGUGGGUGGACUGGCUGGCCCGCCGCCUCUCGCUCAGGCGAGGCGCUCGGGGGCCUCUGAAGGAGGUCCUGUUCUUUCCCUCCCCGUCAGCGUGCGUGGAACACCUCUACGCUCCAGCCGGGGCGUUGUCAUGUUCCUGUCCCCUACCCCACGGCGUUGACACUCCCUUCGCACGACUGCUGGGACACCUUCUAUCGGCGGGUGCGACACUGGACCUGUGUGUGUUUUCGUUCUCCAACGCCAGUCUGAGCCGGGCUGUGCUGCUCCUGCACAGCCGUGGUGUGGCGGUCCGAGUGAUCACCGACAGAGAAUACAUGACCAUCGUGGGCUCCCAGAUCGGCACCCUUCGCAGGGCAGGCAUCUGCGUGCGUCACGAACUAAGCAACGCCGUGCACAUGCACCACAAGUUUGUGCUGGUGGACGGAAAGAAGCUGCUUACCGGCUCCCUCAACUGGACCGUGACGGCGGUGCAGAGCAACAAGGAGAACGUCCUGGUAACGGAAGAUCCGGAUCUAGUGGGACCCUAUCAGGAAGAGUUCUGUAGGCUGUGGGAGGCCAGUGACCCAACCAGUCAAAACCAGAGUGACUGCCACCAAGGGACUGCUGGCUCGCAGUAA